UUCUUCUUCAUACAGAACCAAUACAGAAAAGCAAUGGAAGAAGAUAAGAAGAAGGGCUAUGAUUUGCGCAAUGAUGCCAUUGCUAUCAUCGCAGCCAAGCACGGCAGGGAAAUUAUCAGUGAUCACAAGUACAAGACUGGCUACCGUAAGCAGGUUGGCCACCACAUUGGAGCGCGCUGCGUUGAGGAUGACCCUCUGCUCAUGCUGGCUKUMAACUCAGCCAAGAUUGCCAGUGAUGCCCUGUACAAGAAYGACUUCCACKAGUCCAAYACKAYGUUCCARCUCCCAUUGGACAUGAUGGCCUUUGAGUUGGCCAAAAAGAACCAGAUUCAGGUCAACCAUGCCAAAUAUGUAACUCGCCUGCACAACUGGACCUGUCUGCCAGACUCCAGUGAUGUCGUCCAUGCCAGACAUGUCUAUGACAUAGCGAGUGAUGCUGUGUACAAGGCUGAUCUCAAGAGCCUGCAAGGUAUCGGAUGGGUUCCCAUCGGCUCACUUGAUGUUGAGAAGGCAAAGAAAGCCYCWGAGGUCCUGAGUGAGAAGCUGUAUCGUCAGCACCCGAGCAACUUCAAYUUCACCGUCUCAGUUCAAGACAUGGGAAUGGUUUUGGCUAAACAAAAUAAUGAUAAUGCCAACAAGCAAGCGUACACUGAGGCCUGGGAGAAGGACAAGACCAAGAACCACAUUAUGCCAGAUGCGAUGGAAGUGGUUUUGGCCAAUGCAAAUAAGUCCAACUACAGUUGGAACCAAUACAGAAAAGCAAUGGAAGAAGAUAAGAAGAAGGGCUAUGAUUUGCGCAAUGAUCACAAGUACAAGACUGGCUACCGUAAGCAGGUUGGCCACCACAUUGGAGCCCGCUGUGUUCGAGAAGAGGAUGACCCUCUGCUCAUGCUGGCUCUGAACUCAGCCAAGAUUGCCAGUGAUGCCCUGUACAAGAAAGACUUCCACAAGUCCAAGACAAGGUUCCAUCUCCCAUUGGACAUGAUGGCCUUUGAGUUGGCCAAAAAGAACCAGAUUCAGGUCAACCAUGCCAAAUAUGUAACUCGCCUGCACAACUGGACCUGUCUGCCAGACUCCAGUGAUGUCGUCCAUGCCAGACAUGUCUAUGACAUAGCGAGUGAUGCUGUGUACAAGGCUGAUCUCAAGAGCCUGCAAGGUAUCGGAUGGGUUCCCAUCGGCUCACUUGAUGUUGAGAAGGCAAAGAAAGCCYCWGAGGUCCUGAGUGAGAAGCUGUAUCGUCAGCACCCGAGCAACUUCAAYUUCACCYMCUCAGUUCAAGACAUGGGAAUGGUUUUGGCUAAACAAAAUAAUGAUAAUGCCAACAAGCAAGCGUACACUGAGGCCUGGGAGAAGGACAAGACCAAGAACCACAUUAUGCCAGAUGCGAUGGAAGUGGUUUUGGCCAAUGCAAAUAAGUCCAACUACAGUUGGAACCAAUACAGAAAAGCAAUGGAAGAAGAUAAGAAGAAGGGCUAUGAUUUGCGCAAUGAUGCCAUUGCUAUCAUCGCAGCCAAGCACGGCAGGGAAAUUAUCAGUGAUCACAAGUACAAGACUGGCUACCGUAAGCAGGUUGGCCACCACAUUGGAGCGCGCUGCGUUGAGGAUGACCCUCUGCUCAUGCUGGCUCUGAACUCAGCCAAGAUUGCCAGUGAUGCCCUGUACAAGAAAGACUUCCACAAGUCCAAGACGGACAGGUUCCAUCUCCAUUGGACAUGUGGCUUUGAGUUGGCCAAAAGAACCAGAUUCAGGCUGUGUACAAGGUUGAUCAAGAGCCUGCAAG